AUGCGGCUCGCCCCAACUGCGCUGUGGUUGAGCCUGGCCGUGGCCCUCAACCUGGCCCCCUUCGGGCCCCUGGCUGUAGGGUGGGCAUCGGCCCGAGCCCCCAUCUAUGUCAGCAGUUGGGCCGUGCGGGUGACCCAAGGUUAUCAGGAGGCUGAGCGCCUCUCACGCAAAUUCGGCUUCGUCAAUCUAGGGCAGAUCUUCCCUGACGGGCAAUAUUUCCACCUGCGGCAUCGGGGUGUGGUCCAGCAGUCCCUGACUCCACACUGGGGCCAUCGCCUGCACCUCAAGAGAGACCCCAAGAUGGAGGAUGCAUUCCUGAGCAUGGCAUUCAACACCACCAAGAUCUGGCACAUGGCGAGCACUGUGGCCCUGCCGCUCUCUGCUCCCCAGGUCACCACGGACCUGCACCACCAGUGCACAAAGAGGCACACCGGCACCUCUGCCUCGGCCCCGCUGGCAGCAGGCAUGAUCGCCCUGGCUCUGGAGGCCAACCCUCUCCUGUCUUGGAGGGACCUGCAGCACCUGGUGGUCCGUGCAUCCAAGCCCGCCCAGCUGCAGGCAGAGGACUGGAGGGUCAACGGUGUGGGGCGCCAAGUGAGCCACCACUACGGCUACGGGCUGCUGGACGCCGGGCUGCUGGUGGACUUGGCUCGCACGUGGCUGCCCACAAAGCCUCAGAAGAAAUGUGUCAUCAGGGUUGUCCACGCCCCGACCCCCAUCCUGCCGCGGAUGCACGUACAAAAGAAUGUGUCGGCCUGCUCCGGCCGCCGCCGGGGGAUCCACUCGCUGGAGCACGUGCAGGUGCAGCUCUCCUUGUCCUACAGCCGGCGGGGGGACCUGGAGAUCUCGCUCACUAGCCCCAUGGGCACACGCUCCACUCUCGUGGCCAUCAGACCUCUGGACGUCAGCAGCAAGGGCUACAACAACUGGAUCUUUAUGUCUACCCACUACUGGGACGAGGCGCCCCAGGGCCUGUGGACCCUGGGCCUGGAGAACAAGGGCUACUAUUUCAACACCGGGACACUAUACCGCUACACACUUCUGCUCUACGGGACGACUGAGGACAUGACACGGCGGCCCCCAGGCCCCCAGGUGACCAGCAGUGCGUGUGUGCGGCGGGACACAGAGGGGCUGUGCCAGGAACGCAUCGGGCAUGCCCCCCUCCUAGGCCCCCUCCGCUUCCCUGCCUGUCGGCCGAGGUUCGUCAACUGA